CAGUGAAUAGGAAUUGUGAUAUAUUAUAUCGCUAUGAAAUGGUGCAAAAAUUACCUAGCACAUUAAGGCCUCACAUUACCCCCACCCCCUCUCCAGUCUCCUCCCACACAAACGAGAGAGAGAGAUGGGAAAAGAUGGUUAUCUUCCUCUCUUUGAAACGAAGUCUGCAAAAGGACGUAUUCCAUAUUGGUUGUAUGCAGGUUCAAUGAUUGUUGGCAUAGGUUUCAUAUUUGUGUAUAGAGUAAGUCAUCUACCGGCACAAGGAGAAGAUGGAAGAUGGGCUUGGAUAGGUUUGUUUCUGGCGGACCUAUGGUUUAGUUUCUACUGGUUUGUCACUCAAUCUGCUCGAUGGAAUCCUAUAUACCGUUAUACAUUCAAAGAAAGGCUCUCCCAAAGAUAUGAGAAGGUUCUGCCGGGCAUAGACAUAUUUGUGUGCACAGCUGACCCGGUAUUAGAGCCACCACUGAUGGUCAUUAACACAGUCCUAUCAGUCAUGACUUACAGCUACCCUCCGGAGAAGAUGAAUGUCUACCUUUCUGACGACGGUGGUUCAGAGUUGAUGUUCUAUGCUCUCCUAGAGGCUUCUCGCAUCUCAAAGUACUGGCUACCAUUUUGCAAGAAAUUCAGAAUAGAACCAAGGUCACCAGCAGCUUAUUUCUCUAAAGUUACAGAACCACCACUGGAUGAUCAUCUAAUGGCCAAAGAAUGGUCCUCCACUAAGAGAUUAUAUAGUGAAAUGGAAAAACGGAUCAACAAUGCCAUGAAACUAGGCCGAAUUCCAGAUAAAUUACGCAGAGAGCACAAGGGAUUUCGUGAGUGGGACGUAUUUUCAAGCAAACGCGAUCAUCACACCAUUCUUCAAAUGCUAGUUGAUGGAAGAGACACCAAUACUGUGGACAAUGAAGGAAAACCUCUGCCAACUUUGGUAUACUUGGCCCGUGAGAAGAGACCCCAGUACCACCAUAACUUUAAAGCAGGAGCACUCAAUGCCCUGAUAAGGGUGUCAUCAAGGAUAAGCAACAGUCCAAUUAUUCUUAAUGUGGAUUGCGACAUGUAUUCAAACAAUUCAGAGUCAGUGAGAGAUGCCAUGUGCUUUUUCAUGGAUGAAGAGAGGAGCCAUGAGAUUGCUUUCGUACAGUUUCCACAAAGCUUUGACAACCUCACCAAGAAUGAUUUGUACUGCAAUUCCUUAAAAGUAAUAAUGAAUGUGGAGUUUUUAGGCCACGAUUCCAAUGGAGGGCCUUUAUAUAUCGGUACUGGGUGCUUUCACAGGAGAGACGUUCUUUGCGGGAAGAAGUACAACAAAGGAAGUAAGAUUGACUGGAAGAAAGGGAAUGGCACAUUGGUUAAAGAAAGCGCAGAUGUGCUUCAAGAGACAUGCGGGGUUCUUGCAAGUUGCACCUAUGAAGAGAACACUCAAUGGGGAAAGGAGAUGGGAGUGAUGUAUGGCAUUCCAGUAGAGGAUGUUGUCACAGGAUUGUCAAUACAACAUAGAGGUUGGAAAUCUGUCUACCUCAAUCCAGAAAGGAAGGCCUUCUUAGGACUUGCUCCCACAACCCUAUUGCAGACACUAGUACAACAUAAGAGAUGGUCAGAAGGUGACUUUCAGAUAUUUUGCUCAAAAUACUGCCCUUUUCUGUAUGGCUAUAGAAGGAUUCCUCUAGGUCUUCAAAUUUCAUAUUGUUGCUACUUGCUUUGGGCUCCAAACUGCUUGGCUACACUCUUCUAUGUUGCUGUCCCACCUCUAUGUCUCCUUAGAGGCGUCUCCUUGUUCCCAGAGUUAUCAAGCCCCUGGGUUUUACCUUUUGGAUAUGUCAUCAUCGCCAAGUAUGCGUACAGCUUAGGUGAGUUUAUGUGGUGCAGAGGGACAUUGCAAGGGUGGUUGAAUGAUCAGAGAAUGUGGUUGUUUAGAAGAACAACUUCUUACUUAUUUGGAUUCUCAGACACCAUCUUAAAGCUAAUGGGGUUUGCUAAGUCUGGUUUCGUAGUUACUGCAAAGUUUGCGGAUGACGACGUUGCUGAGAGAUACGAACAAGAGAUAAUGGAAUUUGGUGGGCGUUCACCAAUGUUCAAUGUUUUAGCUACAGUUGCGCUGCUCAAUUUGUUCAGUUUAGUGGCGGGACUACAGAGGGUGGUUACAGAGGACUUGCAAGCUAAGGUUUCACACAAAUUAGCAUUACAGAUAGUACUAAGUGGCUUAGUGGUUUUCAUCAACCUGCCAGUAUACCAAGGACUCUUCUUCCGAAAGGACAAAGGCCGCAUGCCAUACUCUGUCACAUACCAUUCAACUAUUCUAGCUAUCCUUGUUUCUUUAUUAGCCUUGUGUUAUUAAGAUUACUAGAUGUGUCAGCAAAGAUCCAGAGGGAACUCUCUGGAAGGUAUCUACGUAACUGUGAGACAAGGAAACACUUAAUUUAUGAUGGCAAUGUAUUUAAUGCAUCCUUAUUUUGAUUUAUUGCUGCUAUGCAGGGAUCACUCUCACUCUAAGUGAGAGAGCUCGACAUCUUAUUCACG